GGGAAGUCGCGGCGGCCGCUCCGCGCGGGGUUCCGGGUCCUGUCACAGCGCUGGCUGGGGCUGGAGGCUGGGGCGGGUGGGGGGCCCGGGGGCUAGCGCUCUCCCCCUCGACGGCGGCUCGGAGGCCGGCGCCUAGCUUCCCGCGCUCCCUCGCGCGGCCCCCAGGCCCCUCAUGAGGGUGUCCGCGCCGGGUCCGGCCGUCGACCCCACGGCCGGCCGCGAACCCUUGACGCCCGGCGGCGGCGGCGGCACCGGGGGUGGCGGCGGGGGCGCCGCGGUGCCGGGCUCCGUGCAGCUGGGGCUGAGCGUCCUGCACGCCCUCCUCUACGCCGCGCUCUUCGCCUUUGCCUACCUGCAGCUGUGGCGGCUGCUGCUGUACCGCGAGCGGCGGCUGAGUUACCAGAGCCUCUGCCUCUUCCUCUGUCUGCUGUGGGCAGCGCUCAGGACCACCCUGUUCUCCGCUGCCUUCUCACUCAGCGGCUCGCUGCCCCUGCUCCGGCCGCCUGCUCACCUGCACUUCUUCCCGCACUGGCUACUCUACUGCUUCCCCUCCUGCCUCCAGUUCUCCACGCUCUGUCUGCUCAACCUCUACCUGGCGGAGGUUAUAUGUAAAGUCAGAUGUGCCACUGAACUUGACAAACACAAAAUUCUUCUGCAUUUGGGCUUUAUACUGGCAAGCCUUCUCUUUUUAGUGGUGAACUUGACUUGUGCAAUGUUAGUCCACGGAGGCGUUCCAGAAAAUCAGUUGAAAUGGACUGUGUUCAUUCGAGCAUUAAUUAAUGACAGCUUAUUUAUUCUUUGUGCCAUCUCUUUAGUUAGUUAUAUAUGCAAAAUUACAAAGAUGUCAUCAGCAAAUGUCUACCUCGAAUCAAAGGGUAUGUCUCUAUGCCAGACUGUCGUCGUAGGCUCUGUAGUCAUUCUUCUCUACUCUUCCAGAGCCUGCUAUAAUUUAGUGGUGAUUACCAUAUCUCAGAAUACAUUAGAAAGUCCAUUUAAUUAUGGCUGGGAUAAUCUUUCAGAUAAGGCUCAUGUAGAAGACGUAAGUGGAGAAGACUACAUAGUAUUUGGAAUGGUCCUCUUCCUGUGGGAACAUGUACCAGCAUGGUCAGUGGUACUGUUUUUCCGGGCACAGAGAUUAAACCAGAAUUUGGCUCCUGCUGGCAUGAUAAACAGUCACAGUUACAGUUCCAGAGCUUACUUCUUCGACAAUCCGAGACGAUAUGAUAGCGACGACGACUUGCCAAGACUGGGAAGUUCCAGAGAAGGAAGUUUACCUAAUUCGCAGAGCUUGGGCUGGUACGGCACCAUGACCGGGUGUGGCAGCGACACCUACACGGUCACCUCCCACCUGAAUGGACCCAUGGCAGACACUGCGCCUUUGCUCUUUACUUGUAGUAAUUUAGAUCUGAACAAUCACCAUAGCUUAUAUGUGACACCACAAAACUAAUGGCAUUUCCCAGUCGCGAAUCGAGACUCGUCUUUCAUGAAUGCGUCUAUUCAAUGUGUUUAAAUUUCAUCUGCAUAAACACUGCACCUGAGAACGGAAUCUGGAAAGGUGGCUGUGUGAUGGAGAACACAGCUGUUUGUUUUGACCUCCACGCAAUCAAGCAAAAUGGACAGUUUGGAGUAAAAGAAAGAUAAGAUCUUAAGGCACUUGAUUUCCUCCAGACAGCCUGACUUUGGAACGUCAAUUGCAUAUUUGCACUUUUAUCUGUGUUCUGACAGAGUACACGGCAGUGCCCAAAGUCAUACUCCAGUGUUCACACUGGAAUAUUCUUGUACACCAAAUUGGAAGGCAUUUUUUUUCUACGAAAAGCAAAGCCUAUAUUUUCAUUGGUGUACUGUGUCCAGAAUCCUUCCCUAAGUAAGUUUUAGAGUGUGAGUAGUGCACAGUUAAAGCAUAAACAUGUAUCAUCAUCCUCAAAAACCUACUAAAACAUGUAAUUACUGAAGACAGUUCUUUGAAGCAUGGUUUUAAAAUACUAAUUGAAAGUAUUCAAUCAUUUUAAAUAAAUGGUAGUAGUAACCCUUUACAGUGAUGAGCAGCAGUGUUCUUUGGAAAGCCACAGUGAUUUCUUCACAAGGAAAAUAAUAGCAGUGAAAAUUGUGGCUACUUUGAGUAGGAUUGGUCAAGUGAUUCUUUUGUAUGAUUAAGAUAUACAGUACAUAGUAGUUUAAGCAUGAUUAUUCAAGAAAGCAAUAGUGAUUUUCACAUAGGGAGAUUUUGGUAGAUACUUCUUGGGACUAAACAAGUUUUCAUGAAAGGUACAAUUCUAAGUUAAAACAGAAAUACAUUUUCAAAAGCAUUAGAUUUAUCUGAAAUACAAUGUAACUGAUUUUACCCAUUGAAUCAGGAUUGUCCUCAGGUAAAUUAAGUCAUGGUACAUUAUUGUAGUGAACUAAAGUGCAAUACUUUGUAAGACAUAUAUAUAUAAUUCCUUUAGUUUUGUUUUAUACCUUCAAUUUGGGCAAAGCCAAAAUAAACCAAAAUCAAAUUAAUUCUAGCAUUGAAUUAAUUGGGCAAACAUAAAAAUGUACAAACUUGGUACAUAUAAAACCAGAAACAAUAGUGAAUACUUCUACAAAUACAUUAAAACUGUCUUAAAUUUCCUACCCCGUAAUUCAUAUAUAUGGUAGGCUAAGACAAAACAGAAUUUUAAAAUGCACUUUCUACCAAUGUCUAUAUGGAAGUAGAUGCUGAAUACCUCAAGAUGCCAAGAAAAAAGGCAACAUUUAAAGUUGUCAAAAUGUGUUUAAAGAUAAUCAUAAAAUUCUUUGCUAUCUGUCUUCAAAACUGGAACUAAUAGAAUUAUCCUAUCUUCUACUUUGAUUAGUUGUUUUAUUUCUAUUUUUACUUAAAAUAUGUCUCAGCUUUUUAAUAACUGAUACAUAAAGUUUAAAAGUAACAUCAGAAAAGUUUAACAGUAGGUAAAAUGAAAUAAAAAAUGAAAUUGUUAAUGCUGUUUUGGGUGGUUGAUACAAAGCAAAAUAAAUUCUUUUUAUGAUUCAAAGGACUUUAAAUUCAAUCAGAAGCAUACUAAUAGUUAUAAGUGUUAUCUGGAAUUUGUUUAUAAAAAGCUCAUUGUAACCAAAUUACUCAAAAUUUUACAGUACAGGAGUUAACUAUGAUAUUGAUAACAGUAUUUUUUACAAGUUUUUUCAGUUACUAAUUUCUUUUGGAAUGCACCUAUUUAUUUUACUGAUGAUGAUAUCUAUCUAGAGAUGGGUCUGAAAAGAUCUGUAUAUUCUUUGGUAAUCCAUGGGUUCAAGGUGAUAAAUUUUUUCUAAUAAAACCUCCUAAAUGAAGUUCCUAUUUGUCCAGAUAAAGAUUACUUUAAAAUUGUUUUUCAUACAAAACAACUUAGUUCCUUUUAGCUGUAUUAGUUGAUUGUACUAAAUUUGAGAUUUGUGAAUUUAUAACUAGGGUACCUAAAUUCUUGCAUUUGUCUCCUUAUACACAUCUCACACAAUAGCUCACCAAAGGAAAAAAAAAAAAGAUAAAACUCUGGCCCAAUUUUUGCUUAAAAAUUCCAAAGCACUAGGAGCACUUUAAGUUUGGUCGCAAAAGAAGUUGUUUAUAAAAUCAAAGGGCUACCAAUUCCCUGUCCACCCUGCACUGAAGCACACGAUGACAAUUUCACACCUUCCUUUUGUGUUAAUUUAUGAAGUGGAUCUCAUUGCUUCCAUGUGUAUCUCUACAGUGAUUAGCUAUAUUUGUUUUUAUAACUUCAGUUAGUUGGCCAUGAACUUUGAAACUCUUACCACUCAUUCUAGCUGGUUGUAGUUUUAUGGAAGAUGUAAUUUACAGCACUAGUGGGUUUUUUAUGCAUAGCUGCCUUUUUAUUGUUUAACAGUGUUCCUCAGCUAUAUAAUCAGUUCCCAACUGGUUGUAAAAGUAUAGCUGAGGCCAAUGAAUGUAUUUGUUUGUUGUUUCCCUUAAUUGUAACAAAACACUACUGUUAAAAAUAAAAGUGUUUGUGCUUUUAUUUGAA